UGAUGGUCCUCCUAGUCUGUCUGGUGGUCUGGGCUUUCACUCUGCCAGUAACGGGGAGCCCUGGGAGAGUACUGGCCCCUUGAAGCUUUCCUUCACCUGAUGACCCCACUGUGAGCCAGAGGGAUGUCUUCUAUAUUUCUUGCUGGGCCAGUGACUAUCACAUGGCCUAAGCUCACCCUGAGCUGAAAGGUAUGGUAAAGUAAGUAGCCAUACCAGGUAAGGAAGAGGAGAGCUCUGGUCUGAUUCUGUCCCAGUUGUCUGGUUGGAAGAUUCAAUUCAAAGACUUGACCUGAUGAGCGUGGCUGGGCCAGGCCCAAACCAAAGAUGAGCAGCCGAGCUACUAGACCCCGAAGCCGGCGGGGGAGGGCACCACCCCCAGUGAGUGACAGUGAUCCCUGGACUGGCCGAUGCCUUCUCUUUAUUCUUCUUAAAAACAGGAAGAGAGGCCGAGUGAGGCCACCUCCCCCUCUGUCAGGCAGGGUGGGGUUGGGAAGAAUGGAGAGGCCCCUGGGCUGGCCUAACUCUGGAGUCCUCUCCCCACCUCCCAAGCUUUAGCCUGGGGUCCUGUUUGCCCCCUCUAAAACCCUCAUCUUCCCAGAAAAUCCUGAACCUUAGGUUCUGCCCCAUGGAGGUAUCCCCAGCAUGCCUUGACCAGAGUGUCCCCUCCAUGACCCACAACACUGACACAGGAUGUCAGAGUCCACUGGGACUCAGAACCCCAUGCCCAAGGGUAAGGGUGCUUGCAGGGGGAGCUGGACCCUGUGGUGGAGAGCACUGAAGAGGCAGACACCAUGGGAAGCAGUGUCGGGCCAGAGCAGGCACCCAGGCUGCCCCAGGAAGAGUCACUGGCAGAGCACCAGGUCACCACCAAAGAGCCGAGCAGCCGGAGCGACUGUCUACAGCUGGACAGACCCAGGUCAUGGCCCCAACCUGUACCUGGCUCUGCAGCAGGCGGUUGAGUCCUUGGAGAAGGCAGCAGCCACUUGUCGACAGCAGGCCUCCAGACUCCCGGUCUCAACUACACUAUGCCCAGAGGAGCAAGACCAAGCUGAUGAGGAGAAACCAUGGCCUCUGCAAAGACUGGAGGAGCUGGUCAGGGGCUGGGGCCCCGUGGGCCAAGAGGAGGGGAUGCCUGAGCAGGAGAGGAUUCGCUACAAACAGGAGGUUCUGAGCCUGACUGAACAGAAUGCCAGCCUUCGGGAUUCUCUGAAAAGCAAGGAAGAGGAAUUGGCCCAGGAUCGGGUCUCCCUACAGGCCUUUCAAGAUGAAAAGGAGAAGCUACAGAGACAGUUCUGGGAGCUGAGUGAAUCUCUCCUGAAGCUCGGCCUGUCUCCAGCGCUCCCCCUUAGCCAGGACAGCUCCGUGAGCAGAUCCAGCAGCCCAGGGCCAGAUGGGGAGCUCUGGGGGGCCCAGCAACUACAAAGUAUUUCCAGCCCUGUGAUCCCAGCAGCCCUCACACCAGAGCUACAGGACCUGGAGGCCCAAAUGGAACAGCUCCGGAGGACUAUUCAGAGGCUAAAAUGUUUCAACCAGAUGAUGCUGGGGGCCCUGCAAUCCUGCAAGGGCUACUCAGAGGGGCUGAGCAUGCAGCUGGGACAGAGGGAGGCCGAGACUACUGCCCUGCGCCUAGCCCUGCAAUACAGUGAGCAGUGUGUGGAGGCUUAUGGGGUGCUGCUGGCUCUACGGACAGUCGACACAAGGACUGGGCCAGGCCCACAAGCCAGAGAAGGCAGGACAAAGUCAGCCAUGGCAGUGGCACAGCGACUUUUGUCUGAGGAAGACCCUGCAGAGGCUGGCAUCUUGGCUCGUGUCUAUGCAAGCCCUGAGGGCAGCAGUGUGGAUGCACCCACAGAACUGGAGGUAGCAGCACUCCUACAGGGUUAUAUUGGGAGGCUCCGGGCACACCAAGCCCUGGUGAAGGUGCCUCCCGAGCCAGACCCCAGACCAGGUCACGGGCCCAGUGUGCUUCGGGAGGAAGCCAUCUUUCAGGCAAUGCUGGAGGCUCAGCCUGACCUGGAGCUGCCAAGGCUGGAAAAGACACAGAUUCAGCAAGAGUUGGCCACCAUGAGGGAGGCCCUGAUGGACCUGACACUGAAGCUGCAGCUGCUAAAGAAAGAGAAACGGGCACUGGAGCUAAGAGAUGCAGCUCACCGGGCACAGGGCACUCUCUAUCUCCUGCUCCUAGAGCAGCUUCGGUGGCAGCUGGGCCAGGGCAGACCCCACGAUACCCUCAGCUCAGGGGGCAGUGACAGUGACAGCGACAGCAGCUGUGGAGCAUGGGCUCCUGGAGAAGGGGACCAGACAGCCUGGCUAGGGGGAUCCCGGGACUCUGAGGACAUGCUGCAGGAGCUCACCAAUUCUCUGACUCGGACCCAGGAGUUACAAGGACAACUGAAGGAGCUACAGGCUUCACUGGAACGGAUGGCCCAGGAUGAGCGGGCCCAGCGAGCCCAGUGCGUGGAGCUCACCAAUGACUUCUGCAAAGCCCACAGUGCCCUGGUGCUGGCCUUCCGAGGGGCCCAGCGGAAGCAGGAGCAGCAGCAGCAGACCCUGGACCAGCAGAUAAUGCAGAUGGCAGCCUGUCAGGAGGAAGAGCUGGAGUCCCUGGCCCAAGUUGCCCAGGCUUUAGAAGGCUCCAGAGUCCUUAUGCCCUGGGGAGAGACUUCUCUCUAGAGACUCUAGCCUCUUUUUCCCUACCCCAUCCCCAUCCUUAACCCCCUGUCUAAUCACCAGCAUACCUAAUUGUGCCCACCCACCCACUCUGCACCAACAAAACAAUUCUACCCAGGGCUCUCUCUGCUACCACCUUUGAGGAGGGGAGGUUUGGGGGGCAUAGAUGGGAUGGGCUCCUUUCUGAUAAGGUCAUAUGAUUAAGAGCUAGAAGAGACGUGGUGGUUUUUUCUUACAGAUGAGGAAACUAAGGCCCUGUCUUUUUAGACUAGGGUCCAUAGAGAGGUGGCACUCCCUGUGUCUACUGUGGCUCCUGGCAAGGUCUAUGGAUCAUCUGUGGAGCUGCAGAGUGGCAGAACCAACCAAAGCCUGUCCAAUCCACCCCUCUAGCAAGGCUGUGCCCACCUACCUGGACUCCUUCCAGACUCUUUUCUCCCUCCUCAGGCUCCCCUUCUCUGGACUCUAGCAUAGGCCCUCUCUGGACUUGAGCCUAGGUCCUCUCUGUCAGAAUCUGGUAUUGGGCUGGCAUACACCAACAUCCACCUAGAGAGGGCUUGGCCUCUCUUCCUUGGUUACCUGGUACUCUCUACUGUUUUGUAGUAGGGUUUGCUCAGACUCAGUUCUGCCCCCUCCUUGCCCACCAGCUGGUGCUCCAACAAAUGAGGCCUCCGCUCAGGCCCUCGGAGCAGAUGGGAGAGGAGGAGGGUCCAAGGCUCACUGAGCAGACCCAGAGAGGAGAGGGCAUCUUAAAGGGCCAAGGAAAAUUUAGAAGGAAGAAAGCCCCUUUUCCAGGGUUGGCAGAACCCACUCUGCUUUGGAGCAGGAAAAAGUAUGGGGCCUCUCUACCUCCUCCUCCCAACCACCAAAAGAGAGAAACCAUCAAACCCAGCUCUCCCCAGGAACUUUCUCUACAAAAAGUUGGCUCCUGCUGCCUUCCAGUCCUGAUCAUCACCCCCUACCCAGUCUUCCCCUUCUAUUCCUUGGCCCCUCUUUAGAGAUAUUGGUCUUGCUUUUUUCUUGAAUUCCCACCACCCAAGACUUCUCCCUCUCCUAUCCUAAUCUCACAGGCUCUGUCAGACAGCCACUAAGCAUUGGAGCACCUCCCUAGAGUCAGCUGCACCAGAGUCCCUAAUGGCUGGAGCAGCUCCAAUGAGGCUUUGUUAUCUAGUUUCUCUGAAUAAAUCAUGUCUCUCUAA